AUGUCUAUUCCUGAAGGUGAUUAUGAAAGAGGCAAGAAGCUAUUCAAAACAAGAUGUCUACAGUGUCAUGUAAUUGACUCAGAAGCAAAUAAAAAUGGUCCCACAUUGAAAGGUUUGAUAGGACGUAAGUCAGGUACUGUCGCGGGUUUUCCAUAUUCGACUGCCAAUAAAAAUAAGGGCGUAGUUUGGACGCGUGAAACAUUGUUUGACUAUCUGCUAGAUCCUAAGAAAUAUAUUCCGGGAACAAAGAUGGUGUUUGCUGGUUUAAAAAAGCCUCAAGAGCGCGCCGACUUGAUCAAAUUCAUAGAAGAGGAGUGCAAAAAAUGA